AUGUCGACCGCGGGGAUGCGCUUCUGCAAGGAAUGCAACAACAUGUUGUACCCUAGCCAAGACCGCGAGCUCAAGCGGCUCACGUUCACGUGCCGCAACUGCGGCCACAACGAAGAGGUGCCCGAGUCGUGCAUCUACGCCAACGAGCUCGUCAAGGACUCGCGCGUCCAGCUCGAUGUGCUGCCGGAAGACAUCAUUGACGACCCGACCCUCCAGCGCGACUACGACGUCGCGUGCCCCGAGUGCGGCGGCCAAGGCGCGGCGUUCAUCCGGUCCCAUGACGGCGUGAAGCAGUCGACGCUAGCGCUCAUUUGGAUUUGCCUCAACCGUGACUGCCAGCUCGACGAGCAUGGCAACCGACUGCCCACGCACCGAUGGAUGGAUUAG